AUGCGGGUGAAGGAUGGGCCGGAUGGACUGUACAUGUGCAUUGUCACACGGCGUGUCGGUCGCGGCCGCGGUUGUGAGGGGUUCGGAAACGCUUGUAGCGUCUACAAUGCCUUUGUAUGUAUUAUAGAAUUGAAAAAGUCUACUGAUGACCUGCUUCUUACAAAGGAGGAUCUUCUCGGUCCGGAUCCGUGUACAGUACUUAAGAAGAAUGUCACUUGGGAUAAUCUGUGUAUAUUAAUAGGUCUCUCCUUAUUUGAUAUAGUUUCCUUUAACUACCAACGCGAGCUGGAGGAGAAGCCCAUGAUGGAGUUCUUACUUAAUAAGAUCUUUGUUAGGAAUCCAGACACUGGCAAGACUACAGUUGUAAAACUGUAUGGAAAGCUCCUAGCUGAGAUAAGAUAUCUUUUAAACAGAGAAGGUAAUUUUCCACCCGCUGCUUGUUUAUUUAUAGCUAUUGAAUCCCUCAUUGUUAAAAACCUAUCUGACUUCAUUGGCAAUGUCAUUGGGGGCUCAGAGGCCACUAUAAAGGGCAUCUUGGCCUCCACUCUUAGUAAGGUUCUAGUUAUUGACAAAGUGUACAUACUAGGGGGUAUGUCCUUAUCUUCAGAUGGGGGUACUAAUCCGGAUAUAUUCAAGACGGCGGUCAUUGAUACUUUAGUUGUAGAAGUAUAA